AUGCAUUUUCUCUUGCUUGCCGGCUUUUUCGGUUUCUCGAUGGCGAUGCCCUUUGAUCAGGCUGAGAUCAGAACGAGAGACCGAUCAAAGUACUCGGACGAUUUCGCCCGCAACACCUUUUUCCCAUUAGCGAUGGGCGCUUAUGAGAGCGAUCCGCAAGCCUGUGUCACGUCGGGAAUUCAGGGAAAAGUGAAACGUUUAAUCAACGUUCAAUGUGAUGUGGACAAAAAGGACACUUGUGCCGGUUUCACCGCCUCGUCCGACUCGCUGAAAGCGAUCGUUUUAGCGUUUAGAGGAACAAGUCGAGACUCGCAACUCGUCAUUGAAAUUCUCGAUGCCAUUAAAGAAAUGACUCCAUUUGGCGGCGGUGGAGUUGCUUACUAUUUCUACAAAGGUUUUAUGAGUGUCUGGAAUGGCGGCCUGAAAGACGAUUUUUUGACCCUUCGCCAACAAUAUCCCGAUUAUGAGAUUUGGGUGACUGGCCACUCGUUGGGCGCAUCAAUGGCAGCGAUCGCCGCCGAUUAUUUGGCCAUUAACUAUAAACCCGAUAUGACCAAGUUCAAAUUGAUGACUUUUGGUGAGCCACGAACCGGGAAUGCCUCCUAUGCCACCGCACAUGAUGCACGGCUUCCCUUCUCAUUCCGCGUCGUUCACAAUCACGACAUCGUCCCUCAGUUGCCUUUCCAAUGGAUGGGAUACCAUCAUCACAGCGUUGAGGUCUGGUAUCCAAACAAAAUGGCUGUCGGGCAACCGUUCAAAAUCUGUGCACAACAGGAGGAUCAAAGUUGUCAAGACGGUCAAUUGGACGUUUGGAUUCCGGAUCACGAUGAUUAUUUCGAUAUCGCUGACGAUUGGGUGGGCAAAGGAUGUCCAAGAAAA